AUGACUGUGUUUUCAGCAAUUUUGUGUAAAAAUUCGAGGAUCAUUGGUGGUGAAAUCGUAAAUAUAGUGGAGUAUCCUUUUAUGGCAUUCUUGAGGAUCGAAAAAACUGGAGAGCUUAUAUGUGGUGGUGUAAUUAUAAGUAACUAUCACAUUCUCACAUCAGCUGUUUGUAUUAAAAAGACUCAGAAUGAUAAAGUUGUUAUUAAGACAGGGAGUACUAGUUCAAAAAGUAUCUACGGUCCAACGUAUCAAAUCGACUUGCUCUUCAUUCAUCCCGAUUUUACGGAGGAUGACACAACUACGAUAAAGCUGCAUGAUUUCGGUGUAAUAAAGCUCAAGGGUCAUAUACAAUUUGAUCAGGUUCAAUCCAAGUUACGCCUUCCAGUUAAACAUUUACCAGAUGGUAUUAAUUGUAUAAUCCUCGGAUGGGGCCUAACAUCUUUUCCCUUUAGCACUAUUUCAUUGUUGUUACGAAAGGGUUUGACAAAAACCAUUUCUAAUGAUGACUGUUCACGCAUUCGUGGGGUUGAAAUUCAUAGAAAUUUGAUAUGUAUUUCUACCUCUGAAGAAGUCAGCGCCAACUUUGGUGAUCGUGGAGGUCCUUUGUUAAGUACCGCUAAUGAAUUUAUUGGUAUCGCAUCUUCUAUUGAGCCAUCUUCUGGAAAUAUACCCAAUAUAUAUAUAAGAAUUUAUCCUUAUCUCGAUUUCAUUAGAUCAGUUAUUAUUAAUUAAAUAUAGCACUUAACUAACGAUAACAAAGCUGAAACUGCCUGUAAAAGUUUAAUAUUUUUAUCUAUUAAACCAUCGACAAA